AUGUCGAAAUACCCAGUAGUUGGUGUUCCUCAGUCCACUUGGGAGAAUGUAUAUAAACCAGAGGUAGACACUUAUCUACUCAUGGACGCACUCACCAACGAAAUAGAAUAUAUUAAAGAAAGAAAGCCUGCUGUAUCGUUGGAAAUAGGGUGCGGGAGUGGAAUUGUCUCGGCUCACAUCCAACACUUGAUUCCAUCUCUUUAUAGUCUGUCGAGCGACAUCAACCCAUUUGCACUGGCGUGCGCACAACAAGUUCACCCCUCUGGAAACUUUUUGAAAAUGUCGCUGUUAGAUGGGAUACGAGACGAGUCAGUGGACUUGUUCAUCUACAAUCCGCCAUAUGUCCCUACACCGGAAGAGGAAUUACACUCGUCGUACAUAGCUUUGAGUUGGGCGGGUGGGAAAGACGGUCGUGAGAAAAUCGAUUGUGUCAUUGAAAGGCUUUGGGACAUAUUAACGCCGACGGGUGUUGCUUACAUUGUUUUAGUUCAAGACAACAACCCCAAAGAGAUUUUUGAAUUGGCCGCAAAGCAUUAUUUAACACCCAAAGUGAUUGACUCUGUCGGUCUUCAAACAGAGAAGCUCUAUAUAGUCCGCUUCACUCCGCGGUGUGCUCUUUAA